ACAUCGCGCGCGCUUAAGUCUCCGCUCCGCUUGUCCGCACGCGCACACGGAGAUGCAUGAGGGGAUGAUCCACAUGUAGACGUCUAUCUGUCUCUGUCUCUCUAUUCAUUAGAGCAGAAAUGGACCUCCACUGUACUGCUUUUAAGUUGGAGAGCUCCUCAUACGUGCCGAGUUCCAUGUCGUCUCCUGCCCUCAUGGUCCUGGCGUCGACGCCUGAGUCCGAUCGCGACCCGUCUGUUGUCCCCUGCCAGACCUCGCGUCCUUUUGGCGUUCCAGUCUCCCUGGAAAAAGACCUACACCUCCCAUUCCCUGGCGGCUCCUACACCUUUUCCUCUGUGUACCAGAGGCAGGCUGGCUUCACGCCCCAAAACUUCCCCGCCUCGCUGCUCCACCUGCACCCGCAGUUCACCCCGGCUCCACUGAGCAUGCUCGGACAUGGAGGAGUGGGAGCGUUCCGGCCCUUCUCUUCCACAAAUGAGGACAGAGACGCAGGGAUUUAUCAUUCCGCCUUCCUCCCCACAAAGAGGUUGAAGGGAGGCCCGGAGCUGGACACGUCGCCUCGUCUGCGCUACACCGUUUCUGAUGUGAAGGAAUUUGAGUUUGGGGUCAACCAGCUGCCCUCUGGGUCUCCUGGUGCUCUAAAAGGAGCUGAGGAUUCUGGGAAAAAGAGGUUCAGCGUGUCUGGGCUGCUGGUGGACACCGAGGCCUCGUGUAGCCCCGAGGAGCAAAAGGAGGGAUGUAAGCUCAAGUGUGUGUGUGAUGUUCAGGCGCCCGUGUGUCCCGUCUGUCACCUGGUCCUGCGAGUCGAUGAGCUGCAGGAGCACAUGGAGCAGGAGAUGGAGAGACUAUCACAGCUGCACCUGAGUGUGAGUCCAGCACAGAGUGAAUGUCUCUCGACCGGGUUGUCCAGGUCUGUGUUUUCUGUCCACAUUAAGCGAGAAGGUGGUUCGUGUGUUUCGUCGCCCCGCCCCUCUGACGACGCCCUACACUCCGACAGGUACCAGACGUUUUUACGAGUCCGAGCCAACAGACAUACGCGGCUCAGCGCUCGCGUUGGGAAGGCGAAGAGAAGGAAAGCAGAUGAAGAGCAGAGAGAUGGAGUGUGUGUUGUGGAAAAUGGAUCCGUGGCAGCAGCAGGAGACGAGUAUGAAUGGAGUGAACAGAAGAGAGUGCACAUGGCGUCCAUCCUGUCCGGAUUCAGAGGUGUAGUAAACAGCACGUCUAAAGAACAGCAGGACAGUGACGUGGAUUUGGAUGUGGACGGAGACGAUACACUGAGAUAUGGCAGAGCACAAUACACGGAGACAGACGUGAUCCCGAGCGGAGGAGACACAGAGGACACAGAGACGGGGUCAAAGGAAGCAGUGAGUCGACUUUCCCCAGAACUCACCAGGUGGACCACAGCAGAAACUCCAUCUACAAGUAACGAAGACCACAGUAGACCUGAUAUCAGCGUGAACGUCUCUCCAGGCUGCCGGAGCUGUCAGUUUUUGAUGCCGUCUGGUGAUUCUUUAAACACCCUGGAAGCGCUGAAGUCACGGAUCCGAGACCUGGAGAAGCAGCUGACUCGAGGACACCGGAUCAAAUGUCUUAUCUGCAUGGACUCGUAUACGAUCCCGCUGGCUUCCAUCCAGUGUUGGCACGUGCACUGUGAAGAGUGCUGGCUCCGUACACUGGGAGCGAAGAAGCUGUGUCCGCAGUGUAACACCAUCACUUCCCCAGGUGACCUGCGGCGUGUGUAUUUGUGACGAGGCUGCGCCGCAGCGCCGGGAAAAACAACGCUUCCUGAAGACUUUCUGUCUUUUUGUUUUGUUUCUUCCAUUAAGAAAAUUUUCUUUGUUCAGAUUUUGACGCUUGAGUGGUUUAAACAUGAACUUCCCGGUAGUUUGGUCACUUUGGGUCGUAUUCUGAAAUUGAGAGUUGAGCAAAGUGAGGAUUAAAGGCAGUAAUUAUACACAUCAGACCAUUUGAUGUAACUAUAGACACUCAGUUCUGACCUCUGUGCUUGUCUUGGCAUCAACCCAGCUCGAGUGAGGAGCAGUGCAAGUCUGGCGCCAUCAUCUGACUGUUAGAUGUAACUACAACAUGUCACAUUAAACUGUACAGGGGCUGUAACUACACUCACACACACUCACACACACUCAAAAGCUGGUGUUUUUUUAAUACAACAAUCUGGCAACCUCAAAGAUGUGAUUAAAAUAAUCUGAAUGUAAACUUUAGAAAAUCCACUUAAACAGAUGCGUAAGCCGAAUCUGAACACCAGCAAGUUUCCCUACAGAAAUAUUAACUUGGCCUUUAAACUCUAAAUGAAACCCUUUAUGAC